CGCGCGCGGCGAAGACCCCGCCGGUCGCGGCGCUGGGGGCACGCGCAAGCGCGCUCGUUUGGUGCGCGCGCUCACGCGGCUCCGCCCCGCCCUCCCUGCGCGCGCCCGCCAGGUCCGCUCUCCUCCCCCACCCCCCGGCGCGGACGGGGUGGAUCCAGCUCACUCCCCUCCCCCGAGCGGCGGCGGCAGCGGCGGCGGCGGCGGCGCGCUGAAUGAGAGACGCCGAUUGCUCGGGUCGCCGGGCGCUAGCCUAGGCGGCGGCGGCAACGGUGACGAAGCCUGAAGCCGGCGUCGUCUUUCCAUCCUUCGAGGCGACGGCCGCAGCUGCACAGGACUAAUAAUGUAUUUGUGGCCUUGGACGUGAAGCCGUCAGUCUUCUGUUGCUGUUAACAUAGCGUCCAGGACUGAUGUUGUGGGAAGCAUGGACCUAAUGAACGGGCAGGCAAGCAGUGUUAAUAUUGCUGCUCCUGCUUCCGAGAAAAGUAGCAGUUCCGAAUCAUUAAGUGACAAAGGUUCCGAACUGAAGAAAAGCUUUGAUGCUGUGGUCUUUGAUGUUCUUAAGGUUACACCAGAAGAAUAUGCGGGUCAGAUAACACUAAUGGAUGUUCCAGUAUUUAAAGCCAUUCAACCAGAUGAGCUUUCAAGUUGUGGAUGGAAUAAAAAAGAAAAAUAUAGUUCUGCACCAAAUGCCGUUGCCUUCACAAGAAGAUUUAAUCAUGUAAGCUUUUGGGUUGUUAGAGAAAUUCUUCAUGCUCAGACAUUAAAAAUCAGAGCAGAAGUGUUGAGCCACUAUAUUAAAACUGCUAAGAAACUGUAUGAGCUGAAUAACCUUCAUGCACUUAUGGCAGUGGUUUCUGGCUUACAGAGUGCCCCAAUCUUCAGGUUGACUAAAACAUGGGCGUUACUAAGUCGAAAAGACAAAACUACCUUUGAAAAAUUAGAAUAUGUAAUGAGUAAAGAAGAUAAUUACAAAAGACUAAGAGACUAUAUAAGUAGCUUAAAGAUGACGCCUUGCAUUCCCUAUUUAGGUAUCUAUUUGUCAGAUUUAACAUACAUUGAUUCAGCAUACCCAUCAACUGGCAGCAUUCUAGAAAAUGAGCAAAGAUCAAAUUUGAUGAAUAACAUCCUUCGAAUAAUUUCUGAUUUACAGCAGUCCUGUGACUAUGAUAUCCCCAUGUUGCCUCAUGUCCAAAAAUAUCUGAACUCUGUUCAGUAUAUAGAAGAACUACAGAAGUUUGUGGAAGAUGAUAAUUACAAGCUUUCGUUAAAGAUAGAACCAGGGACAAGCACACCACGCUCUGCUGCUUCGAGAGAAGAUUUAGUAGGUCCUGAAGUAGGAGCAUCUCCGCAAAGUGGAAGAAAAAGUGUGGCAGCUGAAGGAGCCCUGCUACCACAGACACCGCCGUCCCCUCGGAACUUGAUUCCACAUGGACACAGGAAGUGCCAUAGCUUGGGCUAUAAUUUCAUUCAUAAAAUGAACACAGCCGAGUUUAAGAGUGCAACGUUCCCAAAUGCAGGGCCAAGGCAUCUAUUAGAUGACAGCGUCAUGGAGCCCCAUGCACCAUCUCGAGGCCAAGCUGAAAGUUCUACUCUUUCUAGUGGAAUAUCAAUAGGUAGCAGUGAUGGUUCUGAACUAAGUGAAGAGACCUCAUGGCCUGCUUUUGAAAGGAACAGAUUAUACCAUUCUCUCGGCCCGGUGACACGAGUGGCACGAAAUGGCCAUCGAAGCCACGUGAAGGCCAGCAGUUCUGCAGAAUCAGAAGAUUUGGCAGUACAUUUAUAUCCAGGAGCUGUUACUAUUCAAGGUGUUCUCAGGAGAAAAACUUUGUUAAAAGAAGGCAAAAAGCCUACAGUGGCAUCGUGGACAAAGUAUUGGGCAGCUCUGUGUGGGACACAGCUUUUUUACUAUGCUGCCAAAUCUCUAAAAGCUACAGAGAGAAAGCAUUUCAAAUCAACAUCAAAUAAGAACGUAUCUGUGGUAGGAUGGAUGGUGAUGAUGGCUGAUGACCCAGAACACCCAGAUCUCUUCUUGCUGACUGACUCUGAGAAAGGAAACUCAUACAAGUUUCAAGCUGGCAACAGAAUGAACGCGAUGCUGUGGUUCAAGCAUUUGAGCGCAGCUUGCCAAAGCAACAAGCAGCAGGUUCCUACAAACUUGAUGACUUUUGAGUAGAAGCCCAAGAAAGAAACGAGGUGAACUAUCACCCCUAAGUGAGAGUGAGGAGGUGACGCGAGCGCCAGCUGUGAGCCAGUUCUGGGCCAGGAGGAGCCCAGAGGCUGCGUCUCAAGCCUUUGGAGUUCUGAACCAAAAACAGCACUAAUUUCAGGGAAUGAAGUGAGAUAUUCCCAGAGAACACAUUGGAGUCACUACACAAACUGCCAUGGACCGCGCUGCUUUUCUCUGAACUGACCUGCGGAAACCACUGCCUUAAACGAACGAAAGGAAAACCAACAUGAAGCACCAAAUAGUGUUUGUGCAUCGUCUGGCGGUGCUGUGCUUGGAAUAGAUCGUAGCCCAUUUGCGUUUCUUUUACCUUUGUACUAAUUUUGGAGGGGGAAGCUCCUUUCUUUAGACCCACUUAAAAAGGAAAACAUCUUUCUUAGGAGUUAUGUGAGGGGCUGGUGUAGAAAGGAGGUGUGAAGAUGCCCCGCCUGCCCCGGGGGGCUUCUCCGCUCCCGGUCAUCUGCAGCCUCCCCGGCUCUCCCACGGCAAAAGAGUUUCGGGAUUAGACAUGUUCAUAAUGUGAGUUGUUGGGGUUCGUUUGGGAUUGGGGGCGGGGGUUGUUUCGAAUGAGGGGAGAUUUUUCUUAAACACUAGACUUCGGAAAUUGAGUUCUGGGUGGGGAGCAUCAUUUCUUGCAGGAGGCAUGAAGGCUGAGCGCUCCUAUUCCAGACACUCUUUUCAAGUGGGCUCCAGAAAGCAUGGUUGUUUUUAACUGGGUUUAAAAUUUAGCCUUCUAUAUGAAUUCAUUGUUGGACCCACAGAUCUGCUUAGGAAAGAACCGUAAUCCCAACCUAAACUUUUCUGAGAUUUUACAGUAAUUACAUUUUUUUUCAAGUGAAUUGAAUUAUCCCUUCUACCAGUCUCUGGUGACUUUUGUCGUCAAGAUGAUAUACUGAUACUUCAUCAGGAUAUUUUCUCUUACAGUGUUUCAUGUACACAAUGCCAGUUAUUUUUUUUAUUACUCAUUUUCGUUAUUUUUGUUAAGUAUGAGAGUCAGGAUUACAUUUGUUUAAAAGAGCUUCCGCAUAUGUAUGUGUGUAUGUAUUUUAUUAUAAGUCACAGAAAAUAAUUUUAAAAGGGAAAAGGGUGAAAGAUUGAGAUUCUGGGAAUCUUAAGUAUCAAAACUUCCCUUCUUAUGUAACCUUCCUUUAUUACAAAACACUUUUCUGAAAACAUACUGUAGGUCCUGGCCAUGAAACCAUAUUCUGUCAGUGGUAGACCAAGCUGUUUUGGGAGAGCUCUUCCAUGCAACAGUGCGUUUAAUUUCCAGAAUAAAUGUUGAAUUGCAAGAAGAAGAAGAAAAAAAAAAAAGGUUUAAAGGUGAGCUGCCUUAGAGUUUUAACAAAAAAUGGCACUUGAACAAAGGCUGUGUGUUAGAUGUUAGAAACUCAUGGGGCAUCCUAUAUUUUAGCAGCGGCCCAGAGGAAGAAACUCUUUUUGACUGAUCUCUUCCAAUAAACUUGUAAUACUUCGGGCCUCACAUAAAAUUUCUUACAUUUGCAUUCUUAGAGAAUUUCAUACUUUUUUUUUAAUCAUCUUGAAGCCUUGAAACUUAAAUAGAAAAUAUUGCUCACAGAAUCAUUAGCUAAAAGUCUAUCCAAAGGAAAAUAGAAGAGCUUUUGGAAAGGAUGUUAAGAGUUCAGGUAUUUUUCUCAUAUAGCACAGUUAGAAAUACCAUUAUUUCUGGUUUUGUGGAAAGUGACAUGGGCUGGAGAGGGCAAAAUGCUGCCUGUGCUGAGUGAUUUUUCAAUUAAUGAUCUCCCAAGCUUAACCCACGUUGGGUACAUAGACACCACCUGCGUCGCCAGCAGUAUUACUAUAUAGACCUUGCACAUCUUUCUUUUGUUUUACAUCUUCUAAAAUUCCUUAAUUUGUGUAUUUCUCUUCAGAAAUAAGUGUUUUUAACAGUGUAUAUGCUUUUUAAAAAAUUCUGUGGAUGAGAACCCUGUGGAUUUUUUAUUACUGUUUGUCAUAAAUAAGCUAAAGUAGAUACAUUGUACCAUAUUUGAGGAGAUUCGCAACUGGAAGUCAGAGCCUGACGUCACAGUUUUGCCAAAGAGAGAGCUGAACUGGAAGAUGUGUUUGAUACUUCAGCUCUAACAUUACGGGAUACGUGUACAGGGAAAGAAUAGUGUUCAAAUUUGGUGAAUAGUCCCUAUGUAGAACUGUGGCCUCUGACUGAGUGAAACUCUUAACACAACUGUACAGUAGAAGUAGACAUUGUUCUCUCUUCAAAUCUGUCUAUUCAAAAGAUUAGACGUUGCUUUUGAAGAUGAUUUUAGCAUUUGAAACAAAUGGAAACCAGUGAGAGAAGUGAAUUGAAAUUGCAUAGGUGAAUUAUUUGAUCUAUAAUUCACCAAAUGAUGUAAUAAUUCAAGCAAAGAAAAUAGGUCACCAAAAUAUAUUAAAUAUUUAGGUAGUUUAUUAGUAGGAAGAUGAAAUUUUUUCCUCUUAUUAAGCUUAUGCUUAAUAAAUUAGUAAAUUAGUGACUCAAAAGCUUGAAAUUUCUAUCAAUAUUAAGCUCAUUUGUUUCUCUCCUAGCCAAGAACAACUCAUUAGCAAUGCCAUUAUAAUUUAAAUUUAAGCUAGUUUGUGAGAAGCAUAAAUAUGGGCAUUUAUACGGCCUGGUGUAGUAGUAUGUAAUACUAGCCAAAAUACGGUUUGAGACACAUCUCAUUUAUUUCAGUUUAUUUGAACCUGGAUGCUUAUUUUUCAUACAGAAGUAACAUCAGUUUUAAAAAUACACCUAUAAAAAGAACUGCAUAAUAAUAACCUUCAGAGCACUAGUUUUGGUUUCAUGCCCCCUCUGUGUUUGGCCUUUGCUUUAUUUUUUUCAAAGAUACUGUUUUUACUGUAAUCUCCAGACUAUAAGAAUUGAAAGAGAACUGAUCAAACACACCUUUCUGUAGCGUUUUCUUCACUAUGUAAAUAUUAUUUGUAUAAACAUUACAAAAAGGGAUCCAAAUGAUUUGAUUUUUUUUUUUUCCUCCCUGGGCAUGUGCUUCAAGGACAACUUGUUUUCCUUUGUAGAAAAUGGCAAUGUCAAGAGUUAGGGGAUUCAUCGCUCCCAGGUUUUUGCAAGUGGCUUUAUUGCCCGUCUAGAAAUGCCUUCCAGAAGAGCCCAAGGAGCACGGUGCUUACAGAGGGGCAAGGGGUCGCAGUCUGUGGUGUACGUACUCCACGGAUUAGCUGAACCUGGGGGCCCUGGGAUUACUAGAAUAUACCUGGCCACGUGCGCUCGGAAGUCUUCUGAGCUUAAACCCGUAAGCUAGCUAUACACCGUUCCAACUGAAAGCAAAACUAUAAGGCAUUCAUUGGAAAUCCAUAAUAAUAGUAGACUUCAUCCAUUAACUUUUUAAAAGAAUAUAUCCACUGCUGAUUUCUUUCUUGUUUUCUGAGGCACAUUCCUUUCCACCCAGUCUUUAAACCACCAUAUUACCUUCUUGUGCCAACAAGGAGGAGCAGUGUUGCUUCCAAGAGAUAAUCUUUAAUAAAAGAAAUCCUCUGCUUCAGAGGCUUUUGAAAUCCUUGGAUCCCUUUUUGAAAGCGAAGAUGAGCUCGCCCGGGGCCCCAGUGGAACCAUGGUGCUGCUGUUGCACAAGCAGACAGUACAGAGCACGUGGUGAGGUUUGCCUGGUCUUUUCAGUGACCUUCUAGGGCUUGCUUUCAUUUUCUCUCCCCUUUUGUACUACUUUUUUCAAACAUAGUAAAUGUAUGAUUUUACAGCUAGAGUGGUAUUCUGUUUUUUUCUAAGCUUUGAGAUACACUGUUACUUAAUCACAUUGAUGAGCAUUAUUUUCACGUGAAGUCAACCUUUUCAAAAUGAUCUAAGUAAGUCCUUUUUGGUCCUGCUCCCCUAAAAAUGGCUUGUAACUAAAGUGACUAUUUUUUUUUUCCCAUUUAGAGGAUUCUGAUGAAAGAUCUGUGCAUGCAAACUCUUACAGUUAUUGAAAGGAAUUUCACUACACCAGUAUCUCAAGUUGUAGUGUGGGGAAAAUUUGGUCAGUGCCUUAACAAUUUGAAGACCAAUUUUAGGGCAUUGAGUAUGAUGAUAAUCAUUUGCCCUCUUACUCCUCUUAUGUCAGGAGUGUGUGCUAUCCUUCUCUCCACCAGCUUACUCUUUCUUACUCUUUGUCCCAGCAAGUGUAAGAGAGCACAGAGUCUACAGAUAGCCUCCAGGUCAUUGUUACAGCCCUCCCAGGUCAUGAGUCUUUUCAGACAAGCUCCCUCCCUGCUCCUCUCCUGCCGGGGUAGGAGAUUAAAAAUAAACCCACCCAAAUCAACCUUUAGAUGAGCAUUUUUAAAAACAGUUUUGAAGAGCGUCCAUCCAGCUGAGUUUGUUUUUAUGUUGUGUUGUUGAUGAUGAUGUUUUGAGCAUCGAUUUAAUUAUAAGGCCUUUCAGAAAAUCCCUAAAAGAAUACAUUACAGCCAGAAAGAUUUGUUGGGGUCUUAUUAAAGCUGCUGAAAUCUUGUAAUGAGACUUGACCAAAAAUGAGAUUUUAGAUUGGUUCAUUCUUAUAUUUAAGACUCAGAACAAACAGGCAGUCACUUAACCUACCAGAUACUGUUUCCUUGGAAAUAUUAUGGAAGGAAAGUGAAAACAACUCCAAUAUAUAAAUUUUGAGGGAAGCUAAGAGACUACACUAGCUUUCUUAGUCAAAACAAAACUUGGAAACAUUUUGCUUCUCUGAGACCCUUGCAAGAUCUGAAACUACUGUUCAACUGAGUCAAGAUGCUAUUUUCACAUUUUUUAAGGGCCAGUAUGUUCCAGAAUAGGGAAGUAGACUUAGUCUUUAAAGCCAAAUGAAGGGUUGACUGAUCCUUGAGGGUUAUUAGCAGAAUUUAAAUAUUCCUUCUAGUCAUUUGGCCUGCAAAAUGGUGAUGGAAUUAAAGGAAUGGAAUGCAUAGAGUGCUUUGAAAGGAUUGAACUUUUUUUUUUAAUAGACCAGCUGAAAAUUUCAUAAGUAUUACCUGUGCUUUUUAGAUACCAGGUAACAAGUAUUCAGUUUCCCCUAAAGAUAACAUCACCUAUUAGGACUAUUCACAAAUAUAGUCCAAUAACUAUUGACUUACCAGGUCUGACACAGUAGCUGAUUUAUUAUGUCACCAGACUCUCAAAGAGCUUCUAUAUCUUAAUCACUGACAAAUUUACUGUUUUACAGCCCACUGAAGUGUGUAUGUGUGGGGAGGGGAUGGGAACUCGUUCACAAGGUAAUCUAAAGGAGAUAAACAUCUGUGGGGGUAAAUAUCCAAUGAUGAUAAUAUGCAGGAAAACACAAGCCAUUUUUCUUCUUCUUUAUCCCAGUUAACUUGAGGUACUCUAAUGAUGAAGCACUCAGUUGCACUAUGACCUCCCUGAGUGAUGUGCAGCUUGGUUCCUCUCUCACUUAUUAUUUCUGUGUAAUAUGCAAAUGUGAGUGUGAGAUCUUCAGUGUGUUUGCAUAAGCUAACUUAAAAUGAAUUUAAGUACAGUUUUCUGAAAUAUUUCUAUUGAAAUAAAUUACUUAACAAUA